UGAAUUUCCUUUGGCUUUUUAUUGUAUUUAUUUACGCAGAAAUUACCCUACUUUGGGAGCAAAUAAAAGAGGACAAAAAGAAAUGGGAGGGAAAGACAAUGGUUUAUAUUUUGAGGAACUUUGGGUGUUUUGAAAUAUUAUGCUUUAAUGUUAUUUGAAACCGGAAAUCCCUUUUCUUUUAGGCAGAAUCGUUCUUUUGGAAAGUAGAGAGCAUCCUAAAGAGAAGCCCUGAGAUUAUCCAUGCGGGGGGGGGGGGUCUCAAGUUGCUUCGGAAUCAUACAUAUAAGUUGCUUGACAAUGUUCUUUAGUAAUGACAGCGAUUCGCCAGCAGGUGUCAGUGCGUCCUCGCUCUGUAGGUGAAAGCGCAGUCUGAAUUUCCUGGGGACUCAGAGACCCCUUCCUAGCCCACCUAAUUUGACUCGAAUCCCCCCCAGGGAUGGGUGGAUUCUGCCAAGUUUUCGCAGCUACUAAUCAGCAAUCUCCUCGACAGCUUCAACUCCCUUUCGUCCCUCUCCCGGCAGGUUAGGCCGAGCAGAGGCAGUGGUCUCGGACCUCCAGACCUCGCCAGCAUCCAACAUUUAAUUGUCUGGUAGAGCUUAGGUGGAGAUGGCCAGAAGGUGCUCCUCCUGUUUAGAGCGAACAAGGGCACAGAAAAAGAUAUAGCUGUGCUGCAACUGUUCAGCUGGGUCAGCCAGGCUUCCUCGCCUGCCCUCUUAUCUUCCCCUGGGGCUGCGCCGGGAUAAGGGUCCCCACUUCUCACCAGGUAGACGAGCGUUUCCUUCUCCUCUGACCGCUGGGGAUCCCUGGCGAGUGAACAGCCAGGACGCCCCGGAUCUAGCUGACCACUUCUGGUUUUCCCCAGUGGGCGGAACUACAGACCUGGAGAGGGCUUGGUACCGGCCUCGACUCCUAGUAAUCCACCGAGAGAUUCGUCAUACUCAUCCUGGACCCAAGUCCUCUCAACGCCUUGGCCACCUGUGUGUACUCACUGGUUCACUGGGAGACCCAGCCCUAAUUCUUGUCUCUCUUCACUUUCUCGUCUCCCCUUACUGCGAACAGCUUUGUGAAAGUCUGGUCCCCAGCAGAGCGCAGCGGAUGAGGUUAUCUCAAGGGUGUUGGCGAAGUCUUGGCGAUUUGUAAUUUGUGUUGGUAAGGCAGGGUGAAUUAGGGGUGUGUGUGUGUGUGUGUGUGUGUGUGUGUGUGUGUGUGUGUGUGUGUGUGUGUGUGAGAGAGAGAGAGAGAGAGAGAGAGAGAGAGAGAGAGAGAGAGAGAGAGAGAGAGACAGAGAGAGACAGAGAGAGAGACAGAGACAGAGACAGAGACAGAGACAGAGACAGAAACGGAGACAGCGACAGGCAGAGACUGACAGACACAAAGAGACAGACAGACAGAGAGAGAGAGAGAGAGAGAGAGAGAGAGAGAGAGAGAGAGAGAGAGAGAGACAGAGAGAGAGACAGAGAGAGACAGAGAGAGAGAGAGAGAGAGAGAGAGAGAGAGAGAGAGAGAGAGAGAGAGAGAGAGAGAGAGAGAGAGAGAGAGAGAGAGAGAGAGAGAGAAGAGAGAGAGAGGAGAGAGAAGGAGGAAGAGGAUAGGAGGGAGAAGGGAGAGAAGGGAAAGGUGAGAGAGGGGAGAUAGAGAAAGAAGAGAGAUAGAGAGGGGAGGGAGUAGGGCGGGGAGGGGGCGGAGGAGGGUCGGGUUCCCACGUGGGGACUGACGCUGGCUGCUCAGCAACGCCGGCUUGAUCCUGGGGCUAUAAAACCAGUACUCUGGGAGGGAGACAACAGCAGCUACUCUGGUUCCCGUUCCGUUGGAGAAGCCAAGAGGCGCGCCACGAUUUUGGCUCCCCGGACAUCCAGCCUGGAUCACUCUUCCUCGUCUCAGGUCCGGUUGCCCCACUCCCAACAAAGCCCAUCCGGCGCCCAACUUGAGACUUGAACUAGGGUGCUGUCCAACCAACCCUGGCUCCAGGACUUAACCUGCGCCGGGGCGCAGAAGAAGGUUCGGGCCACAGCUAACAAAGGAUAGUUAUUCUGCACCCGACAGUCCGAGGAAGGGAACUACUUCUCACUCCCGGUGUCCCAUGCUCAAUUUCCACGGCCACUGGGGUAUCUUCAAGGUCCACCUGUACAAUCCAUAGAGGCGCACAAGUUUGGAGAUCUCGAAGCAGAGAUCUGAAGAAAAAGAAGUCAACUCGGGCCUUCCCUGUACCUUUGUCAAAGAGGAGAGAAAUGCAAUAACUGCCUAAAGGAUUUAGAAAACAGAAUUCUCUCUCCUCCCUCAACUCCCAGUAAUCCUGGCAACACCGGAGCCCCCAGGCCCUUUUUGGAGACCUGAGUGGGGGGCGGGGUUCCUAUUGAGCAGCCGUCACCACGGUAAGACAGACUUGCUUUCAGCUCCAGCUCUGAAGUAAAGAGCCAUCCAUUUGUUGUCACUCUUCCAAGUAAAAAGGGCACAGAUUCUCCUCUUUUUUCUCCCCUCAUCUCUUUCCUCUUGGGGAAUCAGGAUUUCUCCCUCUACUUGGUGCUGCCGUUUGGAAAUAAAACUUGGAUUUACUGAGUAGGGAGUGGGAAAAAAAAGAGAGAGAAGCCGCCGGGAGACCGAGCUCGCUGUGAGGUUGGGGUUGUGAUCUCUACGGGAGCUGCUGCGGGCUAAAAAGAGACUGAGGCCAUGGGCUGUUAGUUGUAUGCAUAGCACUUCUCCAAAUUCCCUCCUUUCUUUCCCCACUCACUGCCUUUCUGGAUCUCUUCCCUCAAAGAGCAGCGCCCCAUGUGAACCACCAAGAGCUUUCUUGGGGUGGGGGUGGGGGUAGGGGUAGGGGAAGAGAACUGACAUCCCGGAGGAGAAAGGAGGACAGAGUUGGGGCCGAGUGGAGGGGAGAAGGAGCUUGUUUUCAUGUUACACCAGGAGCACCCGCUGGCGGAGGGGAGUUUCGCCCCUAUGGGGUCCCUUCAGCCGGACUCCGGCAAUGGGAGCUUAAACGGAACUGAGCCCGGUGGGGGGUCCCGGGAGACCCCCUAUUCACUGCAGGUGACCCUGACCCUAGUCAGCUUGGCUGGGCUGCUCAUGCUGCUAACUGUGUUCGGCAACGUGCUGGUCAUCAUCGCAGUGUUCACCAGUCGAGCCCUCAAGGCGCCCCAGAAUCUCUUCUUGGUGUCUUUGGCCUCGGCUGACAUCCUCGUGGCCACUCUGGUCAUCCCCUUCUCACUGGCCAACGAGGUGAUGGGUUACUGGUACUUCGGCAAGGUGUGGUGUGAAAUCUACCUGGCGCUGGACGUACUCUUCUGCACGUCUAGCAUUGUGCACCUGUGUGCCAUCAGCCUGGACCGCUACUGGUCCAUUACUCAAGCAAUUGAGUACAACCUGAAGCGGACACCCAGACGCAUCAAGGCCAUCAUCUUCACCGUGUGGGUCAUCUCGGCUGUCAUCUCCUUCCCACCUCUCAUCUCCAUUGAAAAGAAGGGAGGUGACAAGCAGGUGGAGCCCCUGUGUGAUAUCAACGACCAAAAGUGGUAUAUCAUCUCCUCCUCCAUCGGUUCCUUCUUUGCCCCUUGCCUCAUCAUGAUCCUAGUGUACGUACGCAUUUACCAGAUCGCCAAGCGUCGCACCCGGGUGCCGCCCAGCCGGCGCAGCGACGGCUGCGAGGGUGCCGAGCGCCGGCCCAACGGGCUUGCAGACCCGGGGCGUGGGGAGGGCCAGCCGCUCCCCGCCAAGCUCAACGGAACAGGAGACCCAGUCCCAGCCGAGCGGGAGGUGAAUGGGCUGGAUUUGGAGGAAAGUUCCUCAUCAGAGCACCCAGAGCAGACACCGGGCCCUCCUGGUCCCCGGAAAGGGGAGCGGGGCCUCAGGGGAAAGAACAAGACUAAAAUGAGCCAAGUGAAGCCCGGUGACAGCCUGCCCCGGAGAGGCGGCGAGGAAGAACGGGGCGCGAAAGCGUCUCGCUGGCGGGGGCGCCAGAACCGAGAGAAACGCUUCACCUUUGUGCUAGCGGUGGUGAUUGGGGUCUUUGUGGUCUGCUGGUUUCCCUUCUUCUUCACCUACACGCUCACUGCAGUCUGCUGCUCGGUCCCCCCUACCCUCUUCAAGUUCUUCUUCUGGUUUGGUUACUGCAACAGCUCACUCAAUCCGGUCAUCUACACCAUCUUCAACCACGACUUCCGUCGGGCCUUCAAGAAAAUCCUCUGCCGGGUGGACAGGAAGCGCAUCGUGUGAAGUGAAGCUGAUACUCCAAACGCCUUGGUCCCCUUCUCUCCUCACUCACUCCCUGCAGUGCCCCUCGCCCUUCAGCCUUGGCUUCUUGCUGUCUCUUUCCACCCCAGCGAUCACUAGAAAGCUGGGAGGCAUUGUGCUUUGAGGGACAAAGCCCUGUCUCAGCCCUUGGAAUAGAGACCGGGCAGAGGGAGAACUCUCCGGCCCAGGGCAGAGCGACAGAGACAGAUGCGUGAAAGAUGACACUAUGGGGACGGUCCUUGCACAGGCCUUGCUCUGGGUAGAGAGAAUUAUCGCUAAUAACCCAGAUGUAUAGGGCACUACGGCCAAUAAGACUCCUAUUUGCUUCCGAAACUUCCGAAGGAGAUGUUCGGCAAGCCCAGCCUGCCUUCCCAGGGGUGGCGAGCGCCAGCUUUCACCCACCCAGUUGGGAAAACCUCCUCCUUUUCUCCCUUUCAUUUCAGGCCCUCGCUAGGGGUCUUCAGCUGACCUUCGGCUGCAUGCUACUCCAUAGGCAGUAUUGUUUCCAAAAGGUAUUUCCCCUUAACCCUAGUCCCAGGCACCAGAAGCUAAGCUUAAGUUCCACUUUCUGCUUGGGAAAAGAGAGAGUUGGAAUUCUCACAAAGAGUUAAUUCACCGUGCAGUCACAGCCCGGCUUUUUGCCAAGGCUAAUUGCCCUUUCCCUUUCUGACUGUAAAUCUGCACUCUUUAAAAGAUAGUAAACACGGGGUUACCUGUAUCGUGUUGUAAUUGAUUGGUGUUGAUAUUAGUGUUUGAAUUCCUGCCACUGGAAUCACCUGUGAGAAGGAAGUAUUGUCUCUCUGGGAGAGCAAAACCCUUGGGCAGGGUAAGGUGGUUGUCCAGUUUUUUGCCACCCCCCCCUCCCCUUUAAAGAUCCUCUGGUGUUCUUUUCACCAGCAACUGGUGAUUAUCCCUUUGGAUCUGGAUGUGGCUUGAUAUUUCCUGACAGGGAAACAUUUCUGUACAUUUUCCCUGUGCCUAACAGCAUAAUUGCCUUUUCCUGUGUAAAUAUUACAGUAAUAAAUCAAGGCAGAGUUAAAGGAACGCCUGACUUACCUUGAGCCUCCCUAUGACAUCAUUAUUUCAUUCCCAGAAUUGCAGCCUCAAAUUUUCACUUUAAAACAAGACUUGUCACCCCAUUCUUUUCACCACAAAAACAACUGCCUGAAGAAUAAAUGUUUAUACACAGCAUAUAUAUGUAAACCUUCCACCAGUGGACACUGACUAAUGGGGAGAAGGCAGUGCUUUAACUCCUGCCUUGGAAGACACUGGGCUAGAAAUCCUGUGGGCAAAGCAAUCUUGUUAAAACCUGUCCAAGGUAACAGUUGGACCUGCCUGCCAACUGAGGUAUAGGUACUGAGGAGGGAGUUUUUCAGCAUCAGAAAGUGUUGUUUGUCCUUUUUCUGCUUUCUUUGUGCAGAUCAUCACAUUGUUGAUAAACUCAGAAGGUGGGGUGUGAAGGUCUGAGACAAAUGUUUACAUCAGCAUUUCUACACUUUUUUUUUUCAAUACUGAGUCUUCAAGGACUGCUACCAUAUUUCACCUAAUGGGGAAAACAAAGUCAUCAGAUGUUGCUAAUAAUGAAUUUUUUUAAAAAAAUAAAAGUUUACAGAUCAAAUGUGAAAUAAAUGAAUUAAAUGUC